GAUGCGCGGCCACCCAGUUUUUUUCAGGUGUUUCACCGACGGUGUCCGAUUAUCUGAUUAAAGAUUUAAAAGAUGAUUAAAUACGCCACUCUCCUCCUUAUGGGGGUAACCAUGAUAGUUGCUCAAAGGAGACUCGCCCUGCCAGACCCCAGAAGUUGUGCAAACAGAGUACGUCACGCCACCUACAGAGACGCUCGUGGCGUCACCCACUCAUACUUCUUCAGUUGGGAACACGCCCCCACCCGAAACCUGGAAGUCGAUUGGCUCGACUCCAGGAACAUUUGCAGGAGACAUUGUAUGGACGCCGUAUCUCUUGAAACCCCUCAAGAAAACGAGUUUAUUAAGCAGAGAAUCAUCAGAGGCAACGUGAGAUAUAUCUGGACUUCCGGACGUAAAUGUAAUUUUGCCGGUUGUGACCGUCCCGACUUGCAACCCCCAAAUAUUAACGGAUGGUUCUGGUCCGGAUCCGGUGCCAAAAUCGGACCUACCACUCAGAGAAAUUCUGGAGACUGGAGUGCAACCGGUGGAUUCGGACAAGCUCAACCUGAUAAUAGGGAGGCCGCACAGGGUAACGAUGAAUCUUGCCUGGCUAUCCUGAACAAUUUCUACAAUGACGGAACCAAAUGGCACGAUGUGGCCUGCCACCACUUGAAACCGUUCGUCUGUGAAGACAGCGAAGAACUUCUGAACUUUGUCGCGUCCAGGAAUCCUGGAAUUCGCCUAUAAGUCUCUUAUUGUAUUUGUUUAGGAGAUAUCUUAGAUGCAGAAUGCAUGAUAUACUGUACAUUCUUGUAGAAAACAUUUCAGCACAAAAUUUUAGUUUUUAAGUUAUUAAUAAGCCUUUUUGAGGCCAGUCUGUUUGCUUUCUUCCUUCUUCUGCCUGUGAAUAUUGCUUUUUAGAAUCUUUUUAGAGACUGUAGUGACUUUUUUAAUAAUAUUUAUGUUUUUAUUUUUAAUAAAUUCUAUUUAUAUUUCCUAUAAAAA